AUGGCCCAGUGGCCCCUGCACCAUCGGGUUUUCCUGGGGCUGCUAGUGGCUGGGCUGUUGCUUCAGGGGCUCGGCCUCCGCGUGCCUGCAGCCGGUGGGUGGAGAGCCGAGGUCAAAGCUAUGGGAGCUGAGCGCUCCCUCCAUCCUGCGUCCUGGCCUUCCUUCCUGGGUCUGGAAUCGCUUGGGGCGUCCCAGGAACCUCUCCAGAUUCCACGAAACGGGAGUGCACCCCUGUUGGUGGCUGUGGAGGUGUUUGUGUCCAACGUCUUCAACGUGGACAUCCUGCGGUACACCGUGUCCUCUGUGCUGCUGCUUCGAAUGUCCUGGCUGGACCCCCGCCUGGCUUGGAACGAGACUGUGCACCCGCGACGCGCGUUCACGCUACCCUGGGACUCAAUCUGGACCCCAGGACUCACCAUCCAGGAAGCGCUCUGGGUAGACUGGCGGGACCAGAGCCCGCGGGCGCGCGUGGCCCCGGACGGCAACGUAGAGCUCUACCUGGCCCUGACCACGGAGACCAACUGCGACUUUGAGCUCCUGCGAUUUCCCCGGGACCUGAGCGACUGCAGCCUCAGCUUCUACGCGCUAAGCAACUCCGUGAUGGAGCUGGAGUUCCAGGCUCAAGCAGUCAACGAGGUCGUGAGUGUUAAACGGGAAUAUGUCCUUCAGGACCUGAAGACUCAAAUCCCACCCCAGCAGCUGGUGCCUUGCUUUCGGGUGACACUGAGCCUGCAGAACACAGCGCUGAAGGCCGUCCUCUCUCUGCUGGUCCCUGGGGAGGCGCUGCUGCUGGCUGACGUGUGUGGGGGCCUGCUGCCCCUCUCGGCUGCUGAGCGCCUGGGCUAUAAGAUGACCCUGCUACUGGGCUACCUGGUCUUCCACUCGUCCCUGGUGCAGGCGCUGCCCAGCUCCUCAUCCUGCAACCCGCUGCUCAUCUACUACUUCACGGUCCUGCUGUUGCUGCUGAUUCUCAGCACCAUGGAGACUGUGCUGUUGGCCGGGCUGUGGGCCCAUGACAGACAGGGGGCCAGAGGUAGCCCCAGCCCUGCCCCAAGGGGAGAGGAGCACAGAGAUCAUGGGGACUCAGGGCCUCCUCAAGAUCAAGAAGGGAGAGGAGGAGAAGGAAAGGGAACAGGACGCAGCCGGGCUGAGGUGGCCGACAGCAUCUUCUUUCGGGUGUAUGUGGUCGGGGUGGUAUGCAGCCAGGCCCUUUUUGCUGGCAUCUGGAUGUGGGUGGUAUGCAAGUCAGACCCUGCCCCUGGUAAGGCUGCGCCCCAUGGCGGGCAGCCCCGGCUGUAACCGAG